CUGAAAGAGGACGACAGUAAUCUGUACUGACGCGACAUCAAGCAGGAAGAAAAGUAAAUCGGCGUUCGGACGGACUUACAGUGGAUACUACAGUUACGGACAUAAGAAUUUACACAGUUCGUGUUACUUUUAGAAAGGAGCUCGAAACGAACAAAGCCGUUAUUGUCUGACGAAACUUAAGCUAGUUGUUGGACGUCCGUCUCCGUCACAAAGGGGACGUAAAAAAGGGUUCUGAAGGUCAGGCACGUGUUGGUGUUGUUACUAUUUGGACUCUGCGUUUCCUCCCCGUCCUCAUACUAUGGUGAUAAUGGAAGUUCCUGUGAUCGAGUGCGCCGCCUUUCGGUCCUUACUAGAGACGGAUGGUGGCGCGAGCUGCCUCGUGCUCGACUGCCGCUCGUUCUUCGCCUUCAGCUCCUGCCACAUCCGCGGCUCCGCGAACGUGCGCUUCAGCAGCAUUGUUCGCCGCAGGGCGCGCGCCGGCCUCGGCCUCCAGCACAUUGUGCCCAACGAAGAGGCGAGGGCGCGUCUCCAGGCGGGACAGUAUCGUGCUGUCGUGUUCGUGGACGAGCGCAGCGUAGACUUCGGCCAGGUGAAGAAGGACGGCACGCUGAUGCUGGCGGUGAGCGCGCUGCGGCGCGAGAGUUGCCUCGCGCCAGUGUUCCUGCUCAGAGGUGGCUUCGAAACCUUCUGCUCUCAAUGUCCGGAGCUGUGCGCAAAGGCAAGCCCUCCACAAGGCCUGUCCCUGGCCCUGAGUGCCAGCCCUCAGGAGCCCACCAGUGCCCGUUCUGCCUGUGGUACACCUCUCUAUGACCAGGGGGGUCCAGUGGAGAUCUUGCCUUUUCUCUAUUUGGGUAGUGCCUACCAUGCUUCCAGAAAAGACAUGCUGGAUGCGCUGGGAAUCACUGCCCUUAUCAAUGUGUCUGCAAACUGCCCCAACCACUUUGAGGGGCACUAUGAGUACAAGAGCAUACCAGUAGAAGACAACCACAAAGCGGACAUCAGCUCCUGGUUCAACGAAGCCAUUGAGUUCAUUGACUCUGUGAAGAACAAAGGCGGACGGGUCUUUGUGCACUGUCAAGCUGGCAUAUCGCGCUCGGCUACCAUCUGCCUAGCGUACUUGAUGCGCACCAACCGGGUCAAGCUGGAUGAAGCAUUUGAGUUUGUGAAGCAGCGGCGAAGCAUCAUCUCACCCAACUUCAGCUUCAUGGGCCAGUUGUUGCAGUUUGAGUCACAGGUGCUUGCCACGUCCACGUGUUCUGCUGAAGCUGGGAGCCCUGCGGUGGGUGCCGGCGGCACAGUCUUCAACUUCCCGGUUUCGAUUCCAGUACACUCAGCAGCGAGUCCAUUGUCCUUCUUGCAAAGUCCCAUCACCACCUCCCCCAGCUGCUGAGGGUGGUCCAGGGUGCUGGACAGACAGGCCCCUGUCAUGCUGCACCACUGGCCAAACAUGAAAGAUGGAAUGUGUCCCAAUGGCAGCUUAACUCAUUGACCUGGUGAAGAACUGAUUGGAGACUGCAAAAGUCUCAGCCAAGGUCGUCCUCAUUUCUUCAGAAGGUGGAGCAGCAGCCUUCUGCAUCUACUUGGCUUGCUGGGUCCCCUUAAACCUGCCUGUUUGGCUACAGUGCAAGAAAACUGAUGUACAGGCUCAGUGCUGUGCAAUUAGUCAAUGUCAAGCAGAGCUACAGCACCUGUAUAUCUUGAAUCUCUAGACAUGUUUGCCACCGUAACACUUACCUUUCUCUUGAGGGGAAAAGGUCACACUACAGUACAUAUCCUGUGGUGAGCAUCCCAGUGGAUUGUUUGUCACCAGUGACCAGAAUGGGGCAGCUGUGGUCAGUGAUUGCUGUCUUUGCCUAAGCUAGCACAAGGCUGAAACCUUGGUGUGUGUGUGUGUGUGUGUGUGUGUGUGUGUGUGUGUGUGUGUGUGUCAGUCCCCUCAGGUACAUACAUCUUGCAUCUGAAUGGCCCUAAUCCCCAUUUCAUAUGGGCCAUCAUUAUUUAAAUAGCCCUUGAACUUGAGCUGGUUGUGUUAAUCCAGUCACUUGCCUUUUCAAAUGAUCACGUCAUCCCUCCAGCCCCUGUGGUUGUGUGGUGGAGGACUAAACCACAGAAUACCUCAACUGUGCUGCAUUUCUGUGAGCUCACCCCAAAGGCACAAAGAAGGGGGAAGAGUAACAGGACACUGCUGUUGACUGUCAUAUUUAUAGACCAAAGUAAUAUAUUUUUAUAUUGUUUUGUACAGUGGAAUAAAUUUUUGUAAAACACUUGCUGCCUUCUUGGUUUUCUUCUCCCCUCCUUUCUAUACCAGUAUCUUGGGUUUAAUGCUACAAACACCUCAAAAGUAUCUAAAGUCUUAACUUCUUGAAUUGCCAAUGUUUUGUAGGCUCAAGGAGGGAGUGCCGCAGGCUUGGCCGGGUCCUGCUCUCU